UUUUCUGGGCAAGGGAAGCGCAGAACUGGAGGUCUUCACACAAUAAAAGCAAAAAUCUUUCUUGAACUCUGAAGAAAACUCCUUUUGUUUGUUUUCCAGAGUUGCAAGCCCACUGGAAACGCAAGAGCAGGGCGGCGGGCAGCUCCGGUAGAGAACAGCCCCCCGGGAAAGGCUCCGGCAGGCACGGACGGGCCGGCCGCCCUCCACCCUCCGGGGCUCCCCCGGUGGCGCCGUCAGUGGGCGAGGGCCCCGCUUUACCCGCCCACACCGGCGCUUCUGGCCCGAGGGCCGCAGGCGCCCGGCCGGGGCAGGGCGAGGGGCUGGGCCCAGCGGGGCAGGCGAUGCCAGCGCUGCCCGCAGGACCCCUGCCCGCCACCCGGCCGGGCCGCGCCUCGCCUCAGCCCUCAGGUACACGGCGAGGCCGCGGGCCGCUCCCCGCCGCAGGCCCGGGGCCGGCCCGUGGGUCUCGAAGACGCCCCAAUCCCCGGGCAGAAGAGCCGGGGAGCCCCGGGGGGCGGCGGGGGACAGCGCUCCGGCCGCCUUCCCCUCACCCGCCGCCGCGGAGCAGCGGCCCAGCCCUAUCGCCCCGCGGCAGGGGACGGGACGGGGCAUCGCUCGGCCCGGCCCGGCCCGGCCCUGCAUCGGCGGUCGGUUGCUCUGGGCUGGCUCGAGGCGCUCGGCGCUCGGCUGGGGGCGGGGCUCUCCUCCGCUCCGCUGCCCCCCCCCCCGCCCCGCCCGGCCCGGCCCUUCCCCCCGCGGCGAGCAGGCGGCUCGGGCACGCGCCGCCCGCCCCGCCGUCGCCGGCCAUGUCGAGGAGCUCCCGGGCGGUGCUGGCCGUUACCGCGCUGCUCUCCGCCGCCACCGUGGCGGCUGUGCACGUCCAGCAGCGGUGGGAGCGGGAGAGGCUGCACAGUGGAGUUCUCAGAGAUCUUGAGCGACAAAGUCAGAAAAAGGAGAAUAUUCGCCUGCUAGAAGAGCAGAUUGCUUUGACAAAGCACCUUAUGGAAGAAAGAGACAAGGCACUAAUGGAAAAAAGGUCCCAGCAGUCCUAGGCA